UGUUAUCAAGAGUCAGGCUGUGAACUUAUUUUAAUAUCACUCAAGCAAUUUCCAUUUAAAUUGUUUAGAUCCAUGGAAAAUGUUAAUUAGGUAAAAACAACAUAUGGGAAUAACUUCAUCAUGAAUCAAAACCGCUGAACCCGUGCCACUUGACUGACAUUCAAAUGCAACUUCCUUAAGACAUACCCUAUAUUCAUUUAUUUAUAAUUAAUGUACAUAUUUUUAGUUAAACGAUCAAAGUAAACCACGGUGCCAUGCAAAUGAAGCUGCAGAAGACCCAAUGACAUUUUGCCAUGCAUCAUGAUGUACCAACAGCUCAGUUAACCACAUUUUCCGGAGGCAGGUGCUAUUUGUAAACGAAGCCCAACCUAUGGGGAGGAGCCUCCCUUUGUUCUUCACAUUUGCUAUAUACCAAUUGUCAUUUAUACAUGCAGAUAUAUGAACAAGUAUCUUGAAUGAAUGCCAAAACAUGUUUCUGAUUCCUGUGAUGCUGCUUUUACAAUUAGGAUCCCAAGACACUGUAAGAAGUAUGAGUUCUGAAAUCCAGCGUGCAAUUAGGAAUGCAAGACUCCAAGAACCUUUUACUUUAAAUUGUACCUACAACUGUUCCAGUGGAUUCACUCGUGGUUACUGGAAAUUGGAAGAAACUCCAGUAUGCAGAAAGUGCCGCUGGGAUCAGAAAACAUUAACAUUAGGAGACAUGUGCACUGUCAGCUUAUACACACCUCAUCUAAUUAUUGAGCAAACGCAUUAUAACUAUUCUUGCUUUUCUGAAGAGAGUGACAAACCGGGCCUUCCUCGUAAAACAGAGCUACUGGUAAUUCUGCAAGUUCACGAUGAAUUCAAAGAACAAGUAACACCUCCUAAAGGACUAGCUGGUCCAUCUUUGAGAGUAAAGACGUAUAGGGGUCAGACAGAGUCAGAUGAGGUACUUGCACCAUUUUCCACCAUUGAAAUUAUAGCAGGAACCUCACUCAUGCUUCACUGUGUUGCCACUGACAUCAAACACUGUGAGGUGCAGUGGGUCAGAGAAAACGGUACCCUUCCUUUAACCCAAAAAAAUGACAGUGUAGUAGAGUGGAGUGAAAUCACAGCAGAGGACAGUGGACGAUACAGGUGCCAAACCAAAGGGACUUGCACUCACCAGGCAUUCACUGUGGAUAUAGAGGUUAACACAUUAGAUGGAUUCACCUGGGCCAAGGUCUUCGCAGCUUUUGCAGUGUCUGCAGUGGUUGUCCUGACGGCCCAUCUGGUGUAUCUGUGCUAUAGAAGAGGGUGUAAGAUAAUGGAUUCCACUAACAUAGUCCAUGAAAGGGUUCCAUCCAGAAAUGCUGUGGUGAUAAGGCCAAUUGCUCUAGACAGCCAGAGUGAUCAUGAAGUCCCUUAUGCUGACAUUGUGAUUUCUGUGAGGGGAUCCAGCAAUCCGGAUAUAUCUGACACCUUAAACCAGACUUCAAAAAACCAAAGACCGAGAUGGAGGGAUGAGACCAGAGCAGGGCUACUGCAUGCUUCAGCUGACAGACUGCACAUCCGCUCUAAAGAGGUCACUAGAAAAUUAAGCACAACGUCUGAAUAUGCUGUAAUUACCUACUCCUGCGAGGCUCUUAGUUAGUUACUUCAAAAAUUGCAUCUCUAAUUAAAAAAAUAGAAGGCAAAAUGUGAAAAUCUUGAAUAGCUGUCUUCACAAUUUUUGUUAACUGCAAUUAAAAACCUUUAAACUUUGAAUGCUUGUGUAAAUGUAUUUGUAUGUCAUGAUUUUAUAUUCUUGGAGGAAAUAAUUACUGUAUUAUAUUUGUUUUGCAACUCAUA